AUGUAAUCUAUUCAAAGCAAUAGCAAUUCAAUACAACCAACAAUGGGAAGAGAUAGAUAUGGUUAAUCUCUAUCAAUAGCCUUGCCAAUUUCACCUGUGAAGAAACUUGAUGUAACUAAUGUGACAUUAAGAAAAUAUGAUCGUUAUAUAGGGAAUCAAGAAACUAUAGCUUGGGAGAAACAUUUGUUAUGCGAAAUUGGAGUAUUUGAUUGUUCCAUUCUUUUAAGGAUGAAGAUUUAAACUUUAUAAAAGAUUUUUACUUAGAAGAGAAAUCAUAUAAAGAUGAAGAGUUUUACUUCAGAUACAUUGAUUCAAUCAGAAACAAAUACUUGACUGGAGCUAAGGAAGCUUACACAUUAGCAAAAGACAUUUGCAAAUAAUUGGUGGCUGAAGAUCUAAUAAAUACUUAGAGAUUAAAAAAGAACCGUAAAUAAGUGACUUAAAGAAUUAGGCAAACAUUAGGAACCUUCAAAUAGACUAAAAAUGAAGAUAUCUUAAGAUGGGUACAAUCAAUAAUUAAUUAAAAUAGAAAACAGGAUUGAAGAAAUUAUUUCAUGAGAUGAGAGAUGCUAUAUAACAUAUUUUAGAUGCAGGAGGUGAAAAAGAAUUCUUUAGAUUGGAAGAAUUAAUAAAAUAGAAAUAACAUAUAACAGAAGAAUUUUUAAAGGGACUUCCAAUGAGAAAUGUUUAAGAAAUCAACAAAUAUAUAUAAUCAAUAAGAUUGUACUUGUCAAAAAAAACAGAUGAAUUUUAAUAACACAAGUUAGAACAUGGAGAUGAUUUUCAUUUUGAUGAAAAAACUAUUAGGGAAUUAUCUAGAUCUUCUUUGGAAGACACUGCUUCAUGUUAUUCAGAUCGUUUAACAGAGAUUAGAGCACAUUCUAAGAGAGAGAAAUAAAAGGAAGCUGAGAAGAAGAUAGAAAAGUUUUAUGAUUUGAAUUAAUUGAAAAAUAAAUGGAAAACUACUAAUGUAGAUUAAUUGAAAGGAACAAUUAGAAGAGUUUUGGUUAAGGAAACAUUAUCUGAAGCUGAACAUAUUCGUGCAAGAGCGUUUAGAUUAGAAUAAGAAAAAAAAGGAAUUUAGAUCUUAAAAAUAGAAUAACCAAAGAAAAAGCAUUUAUAAACAGCUUAAUAAAGAAUUUAAGAAAGGAAAGAGAAAUAAGAUAAAAGAUCAGUGGCUGAAUUAUAAAGAAAACAUACUUUAACUAGAGAAGAAAUGAAGACAGAAUAAUUGAAAUAAGAGUUUUUUACAAAAUAUAAUCCAAAAUCAAGUAUAGGAGAACAAUUUUGUGUAGCUGUUGGCUAUAAUAAUUUAUUUUGA